AAAGUGGCCGCACUACUGCGCAUGCGCCAUGUGUAGGAAAGUGUCGCGGUAAAUGGUUGUUGAAAAAGAAGAGAAGACGAUUCAAAUGCCAUCACCAAUCCUUGGACAAGGUUUUAAAUGGCCCUUUGUGUAGCAUUAAUAUGUCAAAUGACAAUUAACUAAAUCUUUCGAAUAAUAUAUAGUCAAAAAACUCCACAAUACGUUAAUGCCGAAUUGGAUGUGUGGAUUUUAUCCGUGCAUAGCCAAAGUAUACGCGUGUAUUUACUGGUUUAUAUUUUUAGCUAUCCAAGUAAGAAAUAAAGAGACAGUCCACAUCUAAACACAUUUAUUCACAAAAUAAAUCAUAUUUAAACGCCAAGUAGGGCCAUUCUCUUGAAAUGUGAGUGAGUGGCUCUGGUGACUUUGUAAACAACUAGGUUUAAAAAAACAACAACAACAUCUGACUAUUAACAUGAUGUCAAACAGAAGUACUUUUCAAGAGUGCCAUUUAACCAUUUAUCUGCCCCUUUAUGCCCACCUAGCGGCUGAUAUCUGUAAUGACAUCUUGCAUUUUAUAUUUAGUGUAAUCUUUUACUUGGGGUUCCAACUCUUCUGUGUUGUUCGUCAAAAGUUUAAAGUUGUAGUCAUGCAUAAUAUAUACUUUAAAAACUGAUACAACUGGUAUAUUUUAACUGGUCCAAAUGCAUUUUACUUGAAGUGUUAAUAAAUUAAUAUAUAACCAUAUAAUGCAUAUUAUCCUUGGUGCCGAAGUUAAAUCAUAACUUUUCUCUUAAGCUUUGUACAUAUUUGUACAAGAGGCAUUUGAGUCCCUUUAAAUAUGAUUGAUAUGACGUAACCCCGCCCAAACUUACGAAGAGCCGGCGUAACAGGUCGUUCAUCUGACGUUUUGACAGCGCAGUUGGUGGGGUUAAAAAUGUAAAAGUUGAACCGCACAUUUAAUCUUUAGGUUGGCAUGAAACGCAACCUACAGUUUUAAAAAAGUAUUCGAGAAGAGUAAAAGGAGCUCGUUCAACAGUAUAUUUGAAUCCUGUGGCCGGCACUUUUUCGUUCUUAACUCAAAAUUUCACCAUGUCGAAUGGAGUUUGGGGCCGGGUGGGCGCACUGACAUUAAGUAUACAGCAGCUGGGUCAUCUACCACGCCUGACAAGCUGGUUACCUUCUCUUCCCUCACCUCAAGCCACCGUGCUUGCCUCCGAUGUACCCAGCCUGUUUCGCGAGCCCUUUAUCCUGUCAGGCUACCGCCCUCUCAAUCAGGACUGGAGGAACUACUUGGGAAGUCUUUUCCAAAUCCACAAUGAGUUACUCAAUGUGUGGACACACCUGCUGGUAAUCCCUGUUGUGCUACUCCGCUUUUCAUUCUUUGCGUGGACAUGGGGGCCGAGUUUGAAUGUGGCAUCUCUGCCUCUUUUUUUAUACACUUUCUCCUCGCUUAACUACCUCUGCUGCAGCGUGGCCGCCCACCUGCUGCAAUCACGCUCCGAGCUGGCACAUUACUCCCUCUUCUUCGUGGACUAUGUUGGAGUUGCGGUUUACCAGUAUGGCUGCUCUUUAGGCCUGUAUUUUUAUUGUGCCACUCCCGAGUGGAGACAGAGCCUAGUGGCCGAUGUGUAUCUGCCUGGUGCCGCGGUGCUUGCCUGGUUGUCCUGCGCCAGCUGCUGCUUAGCCAAAGCCUGUUACAGACGUCCAUACCCACUCUCCAGGAAGAUCUGUCAGAUCAUUCCCACCGGCCUGGCAUACGUGCUCGACAUCAGCCCCGUCGCUUAUUGUCUGGCCACCAAGUCUUGGGAUAAGCCAGUGAUGACUUUCCACGCUCUGCAAAUGGUGUUUUUUAUGUUAGGAGGGGUGUUUUUUUCUUCCCCUAUCCCAGAGCGUUUCUUUCCAGGAAGGUGUGACAUUGUGGGCCAUGGCCAUCAGAUCUUCCACGUCUUUUUGUCCAUGUGUACUAUGUGCCAGAUGGAGGCAAUACUUAAAGACUAUAUGGUGCACCAUCAGUCUGUAAUAGAGGUGCAUGGAGAAAACAUCAUCUUAUUGGCCGCAGGGUCUUUCGUGCUCUUGGUUUUGUGUUGUGUCGUGACUGUGUUUCUCAUGAGAGAAGUAGUGCAAAGACAGCUCGAGAAAAAAGACUGAACAAUAAUCUUUACAUGUUUGCUUACUUUACAUAUCAAUCGGAGACGUUCAGACACACAGAUUCAGAUUAAUUAUUGCAGUGGUCAGCAUAGUGUUAUUUGCAAAGUUCCAUCAUCACAUUUUGAUAUCCUGUAUAUCAGAUUUUUCGCUUCGGGAGACAUAUGACUUAUUAACAAAUUCCUUUCAUAACCAUAACGAGCAUAAAUGCUUGUUUUCUCCACCAUUGCAUUCACCACUUAUAGGAUAAUCCAGUUUGACAACAUUCCUGUAAAUUCAGUACUGUAUGAGUUUGCAUAACUGCCACAUUUACAUGGAACUCCACACAAAAACAUUCAGAUCAUGAAGAAAAGGUGGAUUUGUUACAAUCAUGUUUUUUUGAGUUGCGGAGGGAUGAGGUGAUCAGAAGAACAAAGAAGUUUAUUAUGCACUUAAUUCAAUUCAAUUCAAUUUAGUAACCCCUAAUUCUAAUACUAGUAGAUAUGUGUUGCUAGUUUGCAUAGGUUUUGUAUUAGAAACAGAUCAAAUUAUAUGCACUGCAAAAAAAUUCUUUCUUAGUAUUUUUGUAUUGUAAUCAUAUCUAAACAUUCUUAAAUCAAGAUGCAUUUUCUUGAUGAGCAAAAUCACAUAAGAAUUCUAGACAACAAAUGUACAAUUUAAAGGGACAUUCCACUUUUUUUCUCAUUUUCCAGCUCCCCUAGAGUUAAACAUUUGAUUCUUACCGUUUUGCCUGAGGAAGAUCAGAAGCAAGCAGAUAGUGUGCGGGAAUUGCUUUUUGGGUAUGUUACGAGACUUUGUGUCUUCUUAUCCUACGCACCUAUCAACUUCAGGUGUGCGACGCUAAUUUGUUUGAUUCUUACCGUUUUGAAAUCUAUUAGUCUGAUCUCCAGUUCUGGCACUAGCACUUUUAGCAUAGCUUAGCACAAUCCGUUGAAUCUGAUUAGACCAUUAGCAUUGAGUUAAAAAUAACCAAAGAGUUUUAAUAUUUUUCCUAUUUAAAACUUGACUCUCUGUAGAUACAUCGUGUACUUAGACUGACAGAAAAUUAAAAAUUAAGAUUUUCUAGACAGAUAAGGCUUGGAACUAUACUCUCAAACUGGCGUAAUAAUCAGUGACUUUGCUGAUGUAACACAGCACAGCUGCAGGAGGCGUAGUGAUAUUAUGGCCCGAAAAUAGUCCCCUUUGUUACUUUCAAAGGCAGGGGAAUAUUUUUGGCCAGUAAGUUAAUGUGUGCUUUAAACAAGCAAAAUAUAUUUUCUUAAACACUUAAUUAAAGAAAACUUUUAAUUCAAAUUUUUCUUGAAUUAAGUGUUUAAGAAAAUAUUGUUUCCUCACCCCAUUGGCAGAUAUUUUUGCUUGUUUUAAGCACAAUUUCAAUAAUAUUUUUUGUCUAAAAACGUAUACGGGUUUUUUUAGGUCAUUUCGCUCAUCAAGAAAAAUCAUCUUAAUUUAAUUUUUUUUUUUUUUUUUUUGGAGUGUGUGCAUUUUCUACUCCCUAAAUAUUUUUUUAUUUGGAUACUUUUGCAUUUGUUCUACCAAUAAAAAGUGACUCACUAUAAGUUGAAGCACUAUAAAACAAUGCCAAUUCACAAAAUUAUUGCACUUUACAAUUGCAAACAUAUGUAGAAAAUAAUAAAAUAAUUUAUAGCAAAAUAAUUUGUGGAGAAUUUCUUUUUAAAACACAGUAGUAACUUUUGCCA